GAGGAGGGAAAUUCCAUGAGAAAUGGCAAAAGCUCAAGGGAAGAUAUCUAGAAGAAUUCCCCUGGCUGGACUACAAGACGGAUCAUCGUGGUGAGGUGUCCUCUGUCUUCUGCAAGGUUUGCAAGCUCAAGAACAAUUUCAGCGCUCAAUGGAUGACUGAGAAGUCUCUGCAAAAGUCCCAUUUUCAGAGUCAUGCCGCAGCUAUUUGCCAUAGGGCUGCAAUGUCAGACCCUCAGAUUCGAAUGAGUUUGUUGGCCCCACCAGUGAAUGAGUUUGUGGAAGCGCUGCAGUUAGUUCGGCAAGGCAAAUCUGGUGGAGAUCAAGGAACUGGAGCUUUCAAACGCCAGCAGUUGGUGAAGGUAAAGUAUUGUUUGGCGGAAGCUCUUCGAUGCCAAACACGUCUGAAGCUUUGGGAAUGUAAUUGCUUGACACUGCACUCAGACGCCUCCAAGGCGAGACUUGUUCUGCGAGCUCAGGGUUGUGGAAUGGAUUUGGCUCCGCUUCAUGCAUUGCUUGGCUGUGAGAAGCUGUCCGACUUCGAUGCUCAAGGCAUUGCCAGGUGUAUUAUGAGCAUGCUCGCUGACAUUUGCACGCCUUUCAAGCAUGCUGAGACCUUGGAGCAUUUCAAAGGACUCCCACCAAAUGCUUCCGUUUUGGACAGAGCCCUGCUGUCUCAUCUCUUUUCCAUUGUUGAGGUUUUCAACGCAGACGCAGCUCCUGAUGAACAACUAGCAGGACAGAUGUUUGGUGUAGAUGUUCGAGGUGGCAACUUAGCCGAAAUUUUCACUUCUGAGGCUUGCCCGGGUGCAAAAUUGGCUAUGGAAGUGAACAUGGAAAGUUUCAGCCAAAUCUUUCCAAAUUUGAAGGUUAUCAACAAAGACAAGCCACACGCAGCUAGACGCAUUGUGAGUCGCACUUGGAAGUGCGAUCAUGUUCUAAAUGGCAUAGUCAAGAAGGUCUUCAUGUCAUCCGACAGCAUAGUCCAGCAGAUCCAUUUUUCGGAUGUGAUGCGGCAAAUGUAUGGCAACAAUGUGCGGGCGAUGCAAUACACCCCGCUUUGGAAAGAAAUGUCUGAGAAAUUCUCUGCUGCAAAGCAUCGGUUUGAUUCAUGGAGCAUGCCUUUUGCAAAAGUUUGCUUGACGCUUGACGCUGUCAUCAGAACUGCCCAGAGUGCGCAUGAAGAGCGGAAGAAUGAGAAGGUUGGCCGAGCAGGGCGCACUUUCUUGGAUCUCCUCUCCGAGGAAACUGUGAUUUUGAUGGGGAUGUUAGCUGAUGCCGGGGAAGAGAACUUGCAGCUAACAAGGCGCUUGGACUCUGAGACAACCACCUCUGGCAGUCUGGCAGUAGAGGUGCAGCAGUUUGUCAUAAAGUUGAAUGUCUUGUUCCGCCAGGGCGCAGUUGUGAAGACAGGAUAUACGGCCCAUGUCCUCUCGCUUCUGGAGAAGCCAAGAACCCUAUACAUCGACAAAAAGGCGAAACGCCUCGGUGGCUUGCCCCGGCAACAACUUGCUGUGAUCACAUGCAAUUGUUUGAAAAGGUUCGCUUCUUGGGUCGCACUAGCGCAAGAAGUUGUUGCUACAGAAUUUCCAGCUUUCGAAAUCCUACAGUCCAUGUCUAUUUUCCAUCUGACCCCUCUGAAUGAGCGAAUCAGUUCUUGCCACAAGAACUUUGCCAUGGAGGAGAAAGACAAGGUCGCCAAACUUGGCAAGAUCGCUGCUGUUUUGGGAAUUGAUGAAGAGGCUUUGAGUCUCCAAUUUGCCGACUACCUUGCUGUGGCCCAGCACAAGUUUGAUGCUGCUGGAGAUCUGCAAGAAUUGCCUGCGUGGAAAUCUGCUUUGGAUACAUGCUUCAGAGACAAGAGGUUGCAGAAAAGCCACCCCCAGAAGGAACUAAGAGAGGUUUUGAGCAGAGCCUUUGGUUGGGGAUGCUCCACAUCAGGCGUUGAACAAGCCUUUUCUGGUAUCCGGUCUUUGGUUGCUAGCAAGGGGCGAAUGACAGAGAUCCAUUUGCGAGACGAAAUCUUUCUCUUGAGCACACAGGGUUGGAACCAAUCCCAAGACCUGGAGUUGGCCCAGGUGGCAGCCAUGAUCUGGAGUGAAAUUUUUGGCCCAGUACGUUCCAUGGAAGGAUGCGAUUCCACUGUGCGGUCUGUUGCUGCGAAGAGAGCUUGGAGAGAUCGCAAGCGAGAAGGGACUUGGAACGCUUUUCGCAAUGAUCGCAAAGCUGCUGUGGAAAUUGAACUGCAGAAUCUGAUGGCAGAUGACGCCCCUAUCAACAUUCCGACAGAUGAGCAUUGGAGUGAGAAGCAUGAAGCAGAAUUUCAAUUGCAAAAGCGCAGACGCUUGGAGCGUGCAUUGACCACUGCAGCACAGAACGGCCUUUCCAGUGCAGAGACUCAGCAAGAGAUCGGGGUUGAUCCAGCUGAGGUGGGAAACUGCAUCAAACAGUUUCAGCAUGAUCAGCUGUCCAAAAUCAAGAAGUAUCAGAGAGAAAAGGCCAAUGCCAAGACCAAGCAGGAGAAAGCAAUGCUCCCCAUAGAGAUUUUGAUUCAAGACAAGAAGUUUUAUGUGGCAGCCGAUGCGCCCAGGA